GGGCGGCAGAGGCUGCUGUGAGAGGGCGCUCGAGGCUUCUUGAGCAGGAGCAAGCUAAGGAGGCGGGGAGGCGGUGUCCGCACUCGCUCGCCUGCUCGCUCGCUUCCAGGCGCCGCUUCGGGUUCGCUGCUGCUCUCCCUUUUCGCCCACCGCUUAGUGGCGCGCCCCGCAGCAGCCGCCCUUCGACCAGAUCCAGGCUCAUUUCGGGAGUCUUGCGCGCCCGCCGACACCGCGCGGAGAGCGAGCAGGCGCCACACCUGUGGAGCCGGCGACCGUCGGGGGUGCGGGCCGAACUCCCGCCGCGUGCGUGCUCGGGGCGACAGUCCGCCGGGGCCCCGGGGGAGGCGCGCCCCCGGCUGGGAGCCGCGGGCAUCAUGGGGCUCCCCGCUCUGGAGUUCAGCGACUGCUGCCUCGACAGCCCGCACUUCCGUGAGACUCUCAGGUCACACGAAGAGGAGCUGGACAAGACCAACAAAUUUAUCAAGGAGCUCAUCAAGGACGGGAAGUCACUAAUCAGCGCGCUCAACAAUUUGUCAUCAGCGAAGCGGAAAUUUGCAGAUUCCUUAAAUGAAUUUAAAUUUCAGUGCAUAGGAGAUGCAGAAACAGAUGACGAAAUGUGUAUCGCAAGGUCUUUGCAGGAGUUUGCCACUGUGCUCCGGAAUCUUGAAGAUGAACGGAUGCGGAUGAUUGAGAAUGCCAGCGAGGUGCUCAUCACCCCCUUGGAGAAAUUUCGAAAGGAGCAAAUUGGCGCUGCCAAGGAAGCCAAAAAGAAGUAUGACAAGGAGACAGAGAAGUAUUGUGGCAUCUUAGAAAAACACUUGAAUUUGUCUUCCAAAAAGAAAGAAUCUCAGCUUCAGGAGGCAGACAGCCAAGUGGACCUGGUUCGACAACAUUUCUAUGAAGUGUCCCUGGAGUAUGUCUUCAAGGUGCAGGAAGUCCAAGAGAGAAAGAUGUUUGAGUUCGUGGAGCCUCUACUGGCAUUUUUGCAAGGACUCUUCACUUUCUAUCACCAUGGUUAUGAACUGGCCAAGGAUUUCGGUGACUUCAAGACACAGUUGACCAUUAGUAUACAGAAUACAAGGAAUCGCUUUGAAGGCACCAGGUCAGAAGUGGAGUCGCUGAUGAAAAAGAUGAAGGAGAAUCCCCUUGAGCAUAAGGCCAUCAGUCCCUACACCAUGGAAGGGUACCUCUAUGUUCAGGAGAAACGCCACUUUGGAACUUCUUGGGUGAAGCACUACUGUACAUACCAACGGGAUUCCAAACAAAUCACCAUGGUACCGUUUGACCAAAAGUCAGGAGGGAAGGGGGGAGAAGAUGAAUCAGUCACCCUCAAAUCCUGCACAAGACGGAAAACAGACUCUAUUGAGAAGAGGUUUUGCUUUGACGUAGAAGCAGUAGACAGGCCAGGGGUUAUCACCAUGCAGGCAUUGUCGGAAGAGGACCGGAGGCUCUGGAUGGAAGCCAUGGAUGGCCGGGAACCUGUCUACAACUCGAACAAAGACAAUCAGAACGAAGGGAUGGCACAGUUGGACAACAUUGGCUUCAGCAUAAUCAGGAAAUGCAUCCAUGCUGUGGAAACCAGAGGGAUCAAUGAGCAAGGGCUGUACCGCAUCGUGGGGGUCAACUCCAGAGUGCAGAAGUUGCUGAGUACACUGAUGGACCCCAAAACCGCUUCUGAAACAGAAACGGAUAUCUGUGCCGAAUGGGAGAUAAAGACCAUCACUAGUGCACUGAAGACUUACCUAAGAAUGCUUCCGGGACCACUCAUGAUGUACCAGUUUCAAAGAAGUUUCAUCAAAGCAGCAAAGCUGGAGAAUCAGGAGUCUCGGGUUUCUGAAAUCCACAGCCUUGUUCACCGGCUCCCAGAGAAAAAUCGGCAGAUGUUACAGCUGCUCAUGAACCACCUGGCCAAUGUUGCUAAUAACCACAAGCAGAAUUUGAUGACGGUGGCAAACCUUGGUGUGGUGUUUGGACCCACCCUGCUGCGGCCUCAGGAAGAAACAGUGGCAGCCAUCAUGGAUAUAAAAUUCCAGAACAUUGUUAUUGAGAUCCUAAUUGAAAAUCAUGAAAAGAUAUUUAACACUGUGCCAGAUGCGCCGCUCACCAAUGCCCAGUUGCACCUGUCUCGGAAGAAGAGCAGUGACUCCAAGCCUCCAUCCUGCAGCGAGAGGCCCCUGACGCUCUUCCACGCUGUGCAGUCCACAGAGAAACAGGAACAAAGGAACAGCAUCAUCAACUCCAGUUUGGAAUCUGUCAUUUCAUCGAAUGCAAACAGCAUCCUGAAUUCCAGCAGCAGCCUACAGCCAAACAUGAAUUCUAGUGACCCAGACCUGGAUGUGGUCAGACCCACCCGGCCCAACUCGCUCCCCCCGAAUCCAAGCCCAACAUCACCCCUCUCGCCAUCUUGGCCCAUGUUCUCGGCGCCAUCCAGCCCUAUGCCCACCUCAUCCACGUCCAGCGACUCAUCCCCCAUCAGGUCUGUUGCAGGGUUUGUUUGGUUUUCUGUUGCUGCUGUUGUUCUCUCAUUUGCUUGGUCCUCUCUUCAUGCAGUGUUCAGCCUCCUCGUCAGCUUUGUUCCCUGCCAUCCAAACCUGAACUUGCUUUUUGACAGGCCAGAAGAAGAGGUUCAUGAAGACUCCAGCACACCAUUCCGGAAGGCAAAAGCCUUGUACGCCUGCAAAGCCGAGCAUGACUCUGAGCUCUCGUUCACAGCAGGCACGGUCUUCGAUAAUGGGUCCUCACUUUCUAAGUCACAGGACAUAUGGUCUCCUGGGGUCCAGCCCUUGACUACAUCCACAUCAAAAGGGACUGCCACCUUCUCUGCCCAGCCCUGAAGUCAGCAUGGCAGGAUAUUUAUCAGUUCAUCCAUCUCAGGAGCCUGGCUGGUUGGAGGGGACUCUGAAUGGAAAGAUUGGCCUCAUCCCCGAGAACUACGUGGAGUUCCUCUAACCAUGGGCCCCAGCAGAACUGCUGAGCUUUACAUGGUAUCCAUGACAACUGCUGAUUCCAGUGUUGUAGAGCAUUUCUCUUUGCCACUGAGAAAUGCAGGGCGACAGACUGUGUUGAUACCCAUCAACAUGAACAUUUCUGUGAACUCCGCUGUAACCCACCCCCACAAUCAUCUCAGCUGACGCACGGCGAUACUGCAAGAAGCAGAAGUAAAUCAGCAGAGGAGGCCGUUUGACUUUGAGAACCCAGAGAAAGGCUUGCAAAGUCAUUUUCUGAUGAGCACCCUAAAUAGGGAGCACUCGUUUUGUUUCAACAGUCAUCCAAACCCCAACCUUCUGAAAGACGAAGUAAGAUAAAAGCAGUCCCCAAGACCACAUGGCAUAGCUAAGUCCAACAAGGGUAGACAAAGAAAUUGGCACAAAGAAUAGGCUGGGUCCAUGCUUUUGUUUACAGUAGACACUCUCUCUACUCCAUCUUUAAAUACUUGAGACCCCACUGCUAUAGGCAGAUGGGUCUGUUUGUUUGCAUGCAGGAUGGAAAGGGGUUACAGCACUGUUACAUAAGAUCCAAUCUCUCACCAUCUCUGAAGCAGCCGUUGGCCCAUCAUCUAGCCCUCUCAUGCAAAGGAACACAAACAUCCUAGGUCCCCCCUCCCAAGCAAAUAGCUUCUGUGCCACCGAGGAGGGCUGCCAUCACCUAGUAACCAUGGCAACUCAACCUACUCUAAAACCAAACCGAAAAAUAGCACAUUUUCUGCAUGGCAUAUGUUUUUUUUUCUCCCCAUUUUUGGUAGUUUUUUAAAUGGUUUUCCAAAAACCUGAAGCAGAAGAUCAAAGAAUGGGAGUGGCCUACUUGAGGCAGCCAGAAUAGCAGCUGGGAACUGUCUGUCCCCUUUCUGAUGAAGUUCAGCAGCAUCAGGAUGGAUAUACUGGGAGGACACUCUAGUAACUUCUUGAGAUUAAAUUACAUACUGGCUUGAUAUUUGUGUUGCUCCAUGUAACUGGCCUUUGCUUUCUAGAGGGCCAGAUGCUGCUUCCCAGUUGGUGAUGCCCGCCCGCUGUUUGACUGCUUCCCUGUGGCCUCCCAUUAACCCCUCCUUGGCCGGCCCUUACCUGCCUCUAGCCUAUCACUCACCAGUUCCCUUGCAGUGCUCUAGGCUACUGUGCACUGGUGGUUUUCAGGGAUGGUUCCAGGGAUAACCUUGUGGACUGUAGUUUAAAUGACAUAUUUGUUCACUGCCACUCAGAAAAAGGGAGUUGUUUCUCAGGCCUUACAGGCACAAGACUAAUAUCAUAGGCCAUUGUGAUUCAGGAAGACACCAAAAGAUUGGAGGAUGGAAGGUGGAAUGGAGACCUUCUGAGAAAUCAAUUUCUUGGUCAAGAAGGGGCUGGGUAUUGUGGGCAUUUGUGGAAGACUGUCUUGGGUGGGAAAGUAAGGCCUGGACAUUCCAGAUUCACUCAGCCUCCAGAGAACAGAGUCACCAGUAUCUUUUACAUCUGAAUAUCUUUUUGCAAGAGUGACUCUAGACAGACCAACUAAAAGCCAAUGGACUAAAAGCUUCCAGGAGCCCCUUGGGAUGAUGGCGUUGUUCCAGAGAGUGUUUCCUUCCUUCUGGAAUUUCUAUUUAGGGAACUUUAAAGAAGAAAAGAAAAACUUGAAUUGUGUUGAAUUACUGUAUCUUUUACAUUUUUUUUUGAAGAGAUAAACUUGUAAAUAGAGUGAUUUAAAAUACUAUAUGGAAAAGUUUUAUAUUUUAUAUUCUUUAAGCUAGUUGCUUCACACAUUUAAGCUUUGAUUGUUGAACAAGUGUGCAUAAGCGGGAGAGAGGAGGCAAAGUUGAAGACAGUCAAGGCCCUCCCUGCUCUGGCCUUGAGGAGGGAAAAGAUAUUCCUGUGUGUUCUCUGUUGGCCCUUGUUGGUGGGCAUGACAGAUUGAUAUUGUCCGGUCUUCUUUAUCCAGAUUUUUUUCUGAGCAUUUCUUGGGCUUUGGAUUUGGAGUAAAAUGGAAAGAACAUCUUGAGGUAAUGGAUUUUUCAAAGAACUCCUUCUCAGUGGUAAGGUAAAGCUCAGGAUUUAAAUAGGUGGGACCAGGGGUUAGAUUUUCUUAGUUUCUCUUCUCAGGUGUACUUCUUGGUACCCCAAGAUAUCAGGACACAGGGAAAUGGGACCAUUACUGUGCUCCUUACAUCUUUUCUCCACACUGUUUAAAGGCUUUAUAAAUGAGGCCAAAAUAGUUUCCAGAUUUAGUGUGUGUCUUAAGUCCUGAGAAAAACUGGCUUCUUAGGAUCAUUGGUUCUUCAUGUGUUGCUUCUUGCCCUAAACAUUUUUAGGCCCUUUCCUUUCAUCUCCAGAUUCCUUAAUAACCCUGAGAUAAGAGAAGGACUCCAAAGAGGGUUGAAGAUUGUGACAUUACAGCUUUAUAGAUGGUUUUGAAGUUAGUAAAAGUUCAUCAGUGUCAUUCAUUAUUCAGUUUAUCAGCUCAGGAUUAUAGAGCUGUUAUUCAGAAACUCACCCAGGAGCAAGGUAGACACUACCAUUGGAUCAGGGAACAAGAAUUAAGAAGGGAAAAGAACAUGAUAGUAGUCAAGAAAGCUAUCAUUGAAAACCAAGAAGAAAGGGACUAUGUUAGACCUGUGCCCACGGACUUUGGACAGCUUGGAAAUGGGGUCUGAAGGACAAGCCCACUCAUAUACUAUUGUGUUUUCCAAUAGAAAGAGCCCAAGGUAAUGUUUUUAACACAUUAAACAUUUUAAAUUGUCACCUGCCCACUGAAUCAUUAACUACAGCUAAUGUGGAGGACCAGAAGGGCAGGACCCUGGCCUUGGGAUUUCCUCACCAAAGCAUAUCUGUAAAUGCUUGGCCCUAGCUUGACCACUUGGAACCAUGUCCCUCACUCCUCAGUUGGCCCUGGUUGGAAGCCAGAGGGAAAGGGAGCUACUGCCAGCAGGAUUUUUUAGGUAGAGCUCUUCCCAUGUCCCUGUGGCCAUGCUGGGCUAUGGCAGAUGGCUGCUCCAUUUCCCUUUCCCCAGUUCACUCUCCUCCCUCUCCCCCUCCCCAUUAGCUGCAGAACUGGAGAAAUCGUUCUGAAGAUGAGCCAACAAGCAGGAAGGAACUUGAAGACCAAAAAUAGAUUUUACCCUCUCUACCAUCUUUGCCCCAACCCGUAACUCUCUCUGCUUGAAUAGGGAACUUCAGGGCAGAGUAGGGGAGUGAACUAGGUGUCAGAGUGGCAGCCCAUUUCCCAGGAGCCUCUAAUUUCCUUUAUAAGGCCCUGGGCAUAGCCUGAAUCUUUGUAGGAUAUUAAAAUCAGCCUUUCACUUUUCCCUCAGGUACCCACAGAAUUCCAUAGCAAAGAAUGCCAUGCCAUGAGAAGAGAACUAGUUUCAAAUCCCUGCCCCCAGACAAGUGAAUUCCUGACUUGCUCAAAACUGAUAUUCUUUCCUGCUUUUUAAAUACACACACACACAGUCAUUAUACAGAGCGAGAGAGAGAGAUGGACCUGUAUAAUGCAGCCUUCCUUGGUAUCCUAGAAUUGGAACCAGUUUUUAGCUAAAUGUUUGAGUAUUUCUGCAGCUAAUACGUGUUUUCUUACGUCAGACCAAACUGUCUAUUUCAACACAAUUUCAGUUCACCUCUUGCUGAGUCCUUUUUGGACAAAGAAGAAGAGAGAAAAUAAGCAAACAGGUCUUGGCUGACUGGCAUUACCUGGAAAGAGCUGCCGUGCUAAUGGCAAGGUCAUUUCAGGUACCUGCCCAGGACUCCAGAGAUGGGUGUGCCAUAUGUGUUAGGUCAAAGGGGAGUCCUUCUACCAACUAAGUGUGUCCCCUGAAAACUGUGAGCCUGGUUACAAUAAGAGCUCUGUCUUGACUACAGAGGCUUCUGAAAACAUGCAUGUUUGAGGGGGAGAGAGACAGAAGAAGCUGAAGACAAGCUGAUCAUCAUCUGUUCAUGACUGUCUAUUGGCACUUUCCAUCCUCUGUCUUCUGCUCCAAAAGCAAGUUGGAUCACCUAGUUUUAUAGACAAAGGACUCACAGGUACAACAGUGGCCCCAUGCCCCCACUUUUUGCUCUAGUAUUGAAUGUCUUAUUAACAACCGUGUUACCCAAGGUGGUAGCCAGCACUGAAGAAACCAAACAGCCUUAGCUACCUGACUUUAAAAGGAAUGUCCUAGGUGUUCUGUAUAGCGAGUUAUCUAUCAUCUCUGGCAAACAUGACAAUAAUCAAUUACUUUGAUGACCCUGCCCUACAUCCCUUUAAAGUCAGCUGGGUGUCUUCUCACACACCCCAUGCUGGUGCUUAAAAAAAUUUAUCUGGUUGUGAUCAAAUGUGUUUGGCAGCCACGUUGAUCUUCUGGGUGCUGAACCACUUCUCUAAUUAUAGCAUCAAAAUAACAACAGCAGAGCAAUGACCCUUGCACAAUCCUACAGCAAGCCUGAGACAAGACUCCAACAAGUCAUACUUAGCUUUUUUCCUUUUGCCACCUACAGUGCUUGUCUAACCAAAGAGCUUCCCAAAGCAGAAGGAGAGGCCCGGUAGAGAAUUCAGAAGCCACUCAGAGGCAGCCCUGGGUGAAAUGUGCUCUUCUCAUGGAAACACCUGUAUUCUUGGCGAGAACAAGCAUUAGAUAUGAACCAAUGUUAGGGCCAGAGAGAAAGAGAAAGGUGAAUCAUACUCAAGAACUUUGAUGUUUUUUUUUUUUAGAGAGUUCUUAAUAGGGGUAAAAAAAAAAACAGAAAAAAGCCAGAACUAAUAUUUUUCCAGAAAUUUUGCAGGACAUUACAAGAUGAAAACAUCUUUCAAGGCAGAAGGUUUUAGGGAGCGAAGGCUUGGCAUGGUCCUCCGCCCAUGUAAGGGAAGUGGUUACCAUGAUGUCAGCAUUCUCUUUAGUAGAGUCAGUGAGAACCAGAGUGUUGACAUCAUCAAUAUGUCCGAUUUCCCGGGAGCAGGCCUGCAGAGGCUAAGGCAUUCCACCCGAUGUGUCUGCAAAGUCUUCCAAACAGACACCCGCAAGCAGCUUUCUGGGGUAUCCAGAUGCCAGGGUCAACCUUGUUCCUCCCUGUGAAAAGAGGUUCUUCUGUUGGUUCUACGGCACGUGUGUUAUCAGUAUGUGUUUUUGUAUGUGUAUGUACAGUACAUGUUUACACAUGUAAAGACAUACACUGUUGUCUAGAAACCCACGUAAGGUGAACCUUUACAGCCUUUCUCAUUUGGAAGUUGUGAAUUUAGGGAAACUGGAGAGGCUGCUGAUUGACUAUCAAAAUGAUCAAAGAUGUAAAAGUGCCAUUUUAAAACUGUGUUCAUAUUUAUCAAAUGGUUACUCUCUGCAGUUACAUUCUAUAUUAACUUAUUAAAAGUCAUGUUGAAAAAGAAGAUCAAACUCAUAAAUGCUUAGUAGCUAUUGCUAGGCUGAUAUUCAAAAGCUCUCUAAAGAGAUAUUUUGUCCAUAUUUUGGAGAAGAAAAUAUUUGCAUGUUUAAUUCAUAUUUAGGCUACCUUCGAGUAUAUUGUAAAGUGCUGUGUGAUAUAAUAUCAAUAAAGAACUUAUAAAAUGGCACCUUAACUUUUUUUU